AUGCUCAAUGAGCGAUUUCGAGAGUCGGUUGAUAGCGCCAAACUUUGUUGGCUUCCUAAGCGCCAACUCGGGGUCAGUUUUGAGAGUAGUGAAAGCCAAAGGACAACAUACAACAAAUUAAGCGUCAAAAUAGUUUCAACUUUCGAUAAAUGUAGCGGAAUGCUAGCGUUGAUUGAUGUGAUGGUUGACUCCAGGUUUAUUGAAUUGUUCGACUGGCUAUAUACAUUGACUAGCAAGAGCGAGGCUUCAACCCCCGCUCCGCGGAUUAGAUUAGAAAGGCUUCAUAAUACCGGAGUUACUUCUCAGCGUGCGCUUUUCCAAU